AUGAAUCGUUUUGGUGAUAUUGAUGCUUCAUUUAAAAGACUUCCCCCAGUUUACGGUUACCAUGCCGAAAAACUUGUUUCACUUGAAGAGGCACUGCAGGCUAUCAAAGCUCACAUUAAUGGACUACCUCAUUUUAUAAAGAUAGCUAAACAAUACUGUCAUUUUCCAUCUGAACAUGGCUUGUCACAUGAUCAAUCAGCUGCUGUAUAUAUUUAUACGAUGGAAUGGGGCGAGACUACUUUAUAUCGUGUAUUGAAUAAAGCCUUACGUUCUGAAAAUCGACAAGCAUUAAAGAUAUGGUUUCCAUAUUUAAAACUUUUUGAUACAGCAUUAGACCUGUUGCCGACUGUGAAAGAAGGAGUAUGGAGAGGUAUUCCUCUUGAUAUUUGCAAGAAUUUUACUAAAAAUCAAACAUUGACAUGGUGGAGUUUUAAUUCGUGCUCAUCAUCAGUCAACGUGAUAAAAAAUUUUCUUGGUGGCGAAAAUAAUGCAACACUUUUUCUUAUUGAAACUUUCAAUGGGAAAAAGAUUUCUGGUUAUACAGAAUAUGAAAAUGAAGAUGAAAUCAUUUUACGAAUGGGAACUCGGUUCCGCGUGAAGAGUGAUAUUUUAAAGCAAUCUAAUGGAUCAUAUCUCGUACAUUUAAUUGAACUUGGUGAUAAUAAUGAUCAACCAUUAGCAUCGGAUAUCAAUCAAUUGAAACUGACUGCGGCACCAUUCAAUACAAGUACUCUGGGUAAUGAACGUUUAAAAACUGAAAAUCUUGAUAAAUUACAACGUUAUCAACAAGAUAUUCAAUGUAUUAAUGCAGCAUUUAUUGAAAUUGAACAACGUGCACAAAAUCAUGAACGUACAAUAACUAUGUUAAGACAAGAUAUACAAGAAUUACAAGAAAAUUUACAAGAAGAAAAUCGUCAAAAAAUGAAUACAUUAACUAAACUUUGUCAAACAGAAGAUUUACUUAACGAAUUAAAAGAUCAAUUAGAUGAUAAAGAAGAAGAACGUCAUAAAACCGAAAGUAAAUUACAACAAUUAACACAACAAAAUACAGAAUUACGUCGACAAGCUGAACAAGUUAAAGUUGAACAAAUGAAAGAAUUACGUCGACAAUUUCAACGUGAAAAAGAAACUAUAUUAAAACAAUUCGAUGAUGAAAAAUUAUUAAAUACAAAAUUAACUAAAUCAAAUCAAAAAUUUUCAAAUGAUAUUGCUGAUAUAACUGUUGAAUUAGAACGUUAUCGUACAAUUGUACAAAAUGUUGAAAAACAACAACGUUCAUUUGAUAAACGUAUACAAGAUGAAAAAAUUUUACAAGAUAAAUUAAGACAAGAACGUGAUCAAAAUGAACGUGAAAUGCGUGAAAAAGAAACCCAACGUUUGAAUUUAUUAAGAGAUUUAGAAGAACGUAAUUUAGCAUAUGAUGAUUUAGAUAAAUGUUUUAGACAAUUACGCACAGAAAUUGAUGAUAUGUUAUCAACUAAAGAUGAUAUUGGAAAAAAUAUACAUGAAUUAGAAAGAAUUAAACAGGCAACUGUCGAAGAACAAAAACAACAAAUAAUUGAACUUGAAGAUGAACUACAAGCAGCUGAAGAUGCACGUUUACGUUGUGAAGUAAAUAUAAGUGCACUUAAACAACAAAUGGAAAAACAUGCACAUGAAAAUAAUGAACAAAUUGAAGAUCGUAUACGUUCAUUAAAUAAACAAUUAAAAGAAUAUGAAUUAGAACUUGAUGAAGAAAGAAAAUCUAAACAACAAAUUCUUCAACAACGUAAAAAAAUUGAAAUUGAUUUACAAGAUUCACGCCAGCAACUUGAGGAAGCCAAUACACAAAAAGAAGAAUCUUUACGUAAUACACGUCGAUUACAAACUCAAAUUCGUGAAGUAACACGUGAAAUGGAAGAAAUAAAAGUAAUACGUAAUGAAUCAUUGAUGAAUGCUAAAGAAUGGCAAACUAAAAUCAAAACUCUUGAACAAAGUCUUCAACAAUUAAUGGAUGAAAAAGAUCUUGUUGAUCGACAACGUCGUCAAGCACAAGCAGAACGUGAUGAACUUCAACAAGAAUUAGCUGCUAUUGGUAGUGGAAAAGGCGCAUUUAUUGAUGAAAAACGUCGACUUGAAGCACGUAUAGCACAACUUGAAGAAGAAUUAGAGGAAGAACAAAAAAAUACAGAAAUUAUUGGUGAUAAACAUAAAAAAUUAGCAAUAACUGUUGAACAACUUAUGCUUGAUCUUGCUGCUGCAAAAGCUAAUAAUCAAAAAGCUGACGCUCUACGUAGUAAUCUUGAACGACAAAAUCAAGAAUUACGUGAAAAACUUGAAGAAAAUGAAGAAUUUGGUAAAGAAAAAUUAAGAGCAAUGCGUGGAGCACUUGAAGCUAAAGUUCAUGCACUUGAAGAACAACUCGAUGGUGAAGUUCGAGAAAAACAAAAAAUUAGUCGAAGUGUUCGUACACUUGAAAAAUGUCUUCGUGACGCUACUGCUAUUGCUGAUGAAUCUCGAAAACAAUCAGAUGCUUAUAAAGAACAAGCUGAAAAAGCAAGUGUACGUGUACGUAAUAUGAAACGAAGAGAAGAAAAAGUAACACAAAUGACACAUCGUUUACGUAAAGCAUUACGAGAAAAAGAUGAAAUUGAAGAUAAUCCAACAUAUCAACGAGCACGCCCUUCAACAGCUCAUAGUUCUUCAACAUCUUACGUACGAACACUUGUAACAUCAACAAAAUAUUAUUCCGAAUUAUCUGAUGAUGAUUUACAAUCUGAAGCAACAAACGCAAGUGUAUCAGAGACACUUAAUGGUGGUAAUUCAACAAUACGAAACAGUGUUGCUGGCGAUUUAAAUAAUGGCAAUCAUUAA